UCAACCUCGAGAAGGCCAAGCACCAUGAUUCAGACGUACAGCGCAGUCUUUUGCGCUCUAUCUUCAUCAUCAUCACCUGCACCGCUGCAAUGGUGGUCAAUACCGCUAAUUCCAGUUCUGUCUCUAUCUCGCUCGCAACUAUUGAAAAGGACCUGGAUAUCACGGAAGUACAGCUGCAGUGGCUUGUAUCUGCCUAUUCGCUCAGUUCGGGCUGCCUUCUCUUGUUCUUUGGCAGAUUGGCGGAUAUCUAUGGUCGGAAAAAGGCGUUCAUGAUCGGUACUAUCUGUCAAGUCGUAUUUUCUCUCGGUAGUAGCUUUGCACAAAGUGGUAUUACCCUCAUCAUUCUGCGUGCCUUCCAAGGCCUUGGUACCGCCGCUACAAUACCGUCUGCACUUGGUAUCCUGGGGCAUGCAUUCCCUCCGUCUAGAAUCCGUUCAAUAGCUUUUGCAACAUUUUCAGCGGGUGCUCCUGUCGGCGGCGCAUUUGGAAUGAUCAUCGGUGGUGUCCUCAUACAAAUAUCAUCGACGCACUGGCGUUCCCCAUUCUAUUUGGUUGCAGUAAUGUCUGCUCUAACGGGUAUUUCCGGUAUGAUUUCAUUCGAUGCAGAUGUGACUUCGAAGGAAGCUGUCGACUGGAUCGGUGCUUCCCUCGUUACCAUUGGUUUGGUCCUGAUUGUAUUUGUACUUGGUCAAGGAGAAGUUGCUUCUCAAGGCUGGAAAACUCCAUAUAUUAUCAUCCUUCUAAUCGUCGGGAUUGUCAUGGUUUUGCUGUUCCUGCUUUGGGAGCGAUACUUGGAGCAAGUUAUAGAUGAUCCAUCAAGAGCACCGUCCACAUGGACACCACCACCAUUGAUGAGGCUCUCGCUUUGGACUCGAGCAAAGGGCCGAAUUGCUGCUAUUCUCAUCAUUGCAUUCCUGAAUUGGUCUGGUUUCAUUAGCUGGAGCUUCUGGGUUCAGUUGUACUAUCAGAACUACCUUUUGCUCACACCUAUGCAAACCAUGCUCCGGUUCAUUCCAUUGUUCGUUGUCGGCUGUUUGUGCAACGUCUUCGUUGCAAUGUUUGUUGGAAAUUUGCCUUUGGUCAUUUUUGCAGUCAGCGGAACGCUACUGACAGCAUCUGCCGCCAUCCUGUUUGCGCUGAUUGACCCGACCGCAACGUAUUGGGCGUUUGGCUUCCCGGCCACGGUUAUUGUCGUAUUCGGGGCUGAUUUUGUGUACUCCUCUGGUACAAUUUUCAUCGCCAAGAUCACGCUCCCACACGAGCGCAGUGUGGCUGGAGCACUGUUUCAAACUAUGACACAGCUCGGCAUUGCAGUCGGAGUUGCUGUAUCUACGCUUGUGUUCAACAUCGUGGUUAAAAACGAGUCUGCUGACGUUGACGUUACUGUCAACUCUGCUGGAACCAACGCGCCCCGUUCCGCACAGCUUAAGGGUUAUAGAUCUGCGCAGUGGACUUGCGCUUCAUUUGCGCUUAUGGGUGAGUACUACGAAUUCGGCCUGCGUUGAGAAUGUCUUGCCAGUGCUGACAAUUUUUAUUGUCAUGGUGAAUAGCUGCGCUGCUGGCAGCACUUUCCCUUCACGGUGUUGGGAUUGUUGGAGACAAGAAAACUACCAAGCAUGUUGACACUGAUCAGACAACAGCCGUGGGGUCCGAGUCCGAGGCCGGCUAAAUACACCCAUUUUUAAAAAUAUCUAGCAGCGACACAUGCCUGCUAUGGUCCCACCCCAUCCACUCUUUGCUCAAUCGUACCCUCAUUCCCGAAGCUCCAUACUACCCACAUUCCUUUCUGGCAUUACAUUUUU